CACUCAUUAUAGAAGCUUGGGAGGGCCGGAAGGGCCCAUGAGUUGAGCCCAGACCGCGAGGUGUGAAUUCCCCAUCCUCAGCAGCUGUCAGUCAGCACAUCACCAGCUGCAGAGAUUUCUCUAAAUGCCAAAACGAACUCCAAACAAACCUACGAUUUUCUCUUCCCUCUUCCUCCUCCUCCUUCUUCCCACUCUCCAACUCAUACACCAUUUCUUGGUCUGCACACGAUGAAGUGAAUUGGGUCGGGUCUUCCACCAAUGUCCGAAGAAGAAGAUGAUGAGAAAACCCAUGGCCGUCAUCUGCCACCCACCUGAGCCCUUCCUCUUCCUCCUCCUCAAACCCUUUUAUUCCAUUUCCUCCCCCGCCACCGCUCCCCUUCCCCUCUCCCCCGAACCGCACGAUCUCUCCGCCCAGCUCUUCUCCAUUCUCUCCCGCCCCAAUUGGCAGCGCCACCCUUCCCUAAAAAAACUUGCCCCCUCCAUAUCCCCUUCUCAUGUCUCCUCCGUCUUCGCUCUCAAACUCGACCCCCAAACGGCCCUCGGAUUCUUCAACUGGAUUGCCCUUAAACCCGGAUACAAGCACACUGUCCAGUGCCAUUCUUCCCUCCUCAACAUUCUCCUUCCCAAUGGGUUUCUCCAGGUCGCGGAAAAGAUCCGAAUUUCCAUGAUUAAGGCGUCCAGUUCCCCACAAGAUGCCGUUUUUGUGCUCGAAUAUUUGCGGGCAUUGAAUGGCGCCGAAGAGUUCGAGUUCAAGCUCACCCUCAGGUGCUACAAUUUUCUUCUAAUGUCAUUGUCUAAGUUUUCCCUGUUUCAAGAUUUGAAAGCUCUGUACUUGGAGAUGUUAGACGAUAUGGUUUCGCCAAAUCUGCAUACUUUUAAUACCAUGAUCCAUGCUUACUGUAAAUUGGGUAACGUGGCCGAGGCGGACUUGUAUUUCAGUAAGAUAGGGCAGGCGGGUUUGCACCCCGAUACGUUUACCUACACUUCAUUGAUCCUGGGGCAUUGUAGGAAUAAGGAUGUGGAUAGUGGUUGUAGUGUUUUCAAGCUAAUGCCGCAAAAGGGUUGUCAAAGAAAUGAGGUUUCCUAUACUAAUUUGAUUCAUGGGUUUUGUGAGGCUGAUCGGAUCGAUGAGGCUCUCAAGUUGUUUUCUCAAAUGGGGGAGGAUAAUUGUUUUCCGACUGUGCGUACAUUUACAGUUCUUAUUUGCGCCUUGUGUAAAUUGGGAAGGAAAAUAGAAGCUAUGAAUCUGUUUAAAGAGAUGACGGAAAUGGGUUGUGAACCAAAUGUUCAUACUUAUACUGUGCUCAUUGAUAGCAUGUGUAAGGAAAAUAAGCUUGAUAAGGCAAGAAACUUGCUAAACAAGAUGUUGGAGAAAAGGUUGGUUCCUAAUGUUGUCACGUACAACGCAAUGAUUGAUGGGUACUGCAAGGAGGGAGCAGUUGAGGCUGCACUUGGUAUUUUGGCUUUGAUGGAAUCGAGUAAUUGUUUUCCAAAUGCUCGGACGUACAAUGAAUUGAUUUGUGGAUUUUGUAAAAGGAAAAAUAUACACCAGGCAAUGGCACUGCUUGGUAAGAUGCUUGAUCGGAAACUCUCACCAAGCCUAUAUACAUAUAACUCAUUAAUCCAUGGGCAAUGUAAAAUAGGUCAUUUGGAGAGUGCUUAUAGGCUGCUUAAUUUGAUGAAAGAAGGCGGUUUGGUUCCUGACCAAUGGUCUUACAGUUCUCUCAUAGACACACUCUGUAAGAAGGGGAGACUGGAAGAAGCUCAUGCCCUGUUUGAUUCUCUCAAAGAGAAAGGCAUAAAGUUGAAUGACGUGAUCUUUACUGCUUUGAUUGAUGGUUAUUGCACGGUUGGGAAAAUUGACGAUGCCCAUUCUUUGUUUGAUAGAAUGCUUGUAGAAGACUGUUUGCCGAACUCAUACACUUACAAUACCUUGAUAGAUGUGUUGUGCAAAGAAGGAAGACUGAAGGAAGCAUUAUCACUGGUAGAAAAGAUGGUAAGUAUUGGUGUGAAAGCUACAGUACAUACUUAUACAAUUCUAAUUAAACAAAUGUUGAAGGAAGGGGACUUUGACCAUGCUCAUAGGCUUUUAAACCAGAUGGUUAGUUCUGGUAAUCAGCCUGACCUAUUUACUUACACCACCUUUAUUCAUGCAUAUUGCGGCAUAGGAAAUGUAGAAGAGGCAGAGAAAUUGAUGAUUAAGAUGAAUGAAGAAGGAAUUGUAGCAGAUUCGUUGACUUACACAUUGCUAAUUGAUGGAUAUGGACGCAUGGGAUUAAUUGAUUGUGCAUUUGAUGUUCUUAAGCGCAUGUUUGAUGCUUCUUGUGAUCCUUCGCAUUAUACCUAUUCCUUUCUGAUCAAACAUCUUUCAAAUGAAAAGUUGACAGAGACAAGGAAUAAUAUACUGGGAAUGGAUUUGAUCUCAAAUGUCUCCUUGAUUGAUAUUGCUGAUGUGUGGAAGAUAAUGGAUUUUGACAUUGCUUUAGACCUUUUUGAAAAAAUGACUGGACAUGGUUGUGCACCCAGUACCAACACUUAUGACAAACUUAUAGUAGGUCUUUGCAAAGAGAGGCGCUUGGAAGAAGCCCAGAGGUUAUACAGUCAUAUGAAAGAGAGGGAAGUUUCUCCCAGUGAGGAUAUUUAUAAUUAUCUUCUUAACUGUUGCUGUACAUUGCAAAAGUAUGGAGAGGCAGCAAUCUUGGUGGAUGCGAUGAUUGAGGAUGGUUAUUUACCGACAUUGGAGUCCUCCACGUUGCUUGUAUGUGGGCUUCUUGAUGAAGAGAAGAGUGAGAAGGCAAAAGCAGUUUUUCGUACUUUGCUUCAUUGCGAAUAUAAUUACGAUGAAGUAGCUUGGAAAGUUCUCUUUGAUGGUUUACUUAAGAGGGGUCUUGGCAAUAUAUGCUCUGAGCUCAUAAGCAUCAUGGAGAAGUUGGGUUGCCGGCUUCAUCCUCAGACAUAUUCAAUGUUGAUUGAGGGAAUCGAUAGUCCGUAAAACUGCUGGGUUUUUUUUCUUCUGGGAUUUAAUUCUUUAUCUGUGAGCACUACUACAAGCAAAGUGAUUUUAAAACUUAUAUUCCCAGAUAUCUGGUAAGCACUAUGAAUUGUGAAUACAGAGUGUUCACACUAUAAGAUGCUACAAAGAUCAUUAUUUAUGUCUCAGGAGAAUAUGAUACUGGAUUUGCAGUCUUUAUUUGCGCUGUGAAUGUACCGUCUCUUCAGUGAGUGCAUAUAUGUUUCUCUGGGACGAGGACCUUGGCAUUGAGGAUUUUGACUCAAAAUGGUCAGUAUAACCAGUACAAUCCGGUAAAACGUUCUUAGCAUCCAUGUGAUAUCUAAAAGUACCACGGGAAGAUGGACUUGAAAUAUCAGAGCUAGCUAUUGAUGACGCCAAGUCAGAGCUGUAUCAUUCAAUCAAUAGAUGUAUGAAGAAAUCAGAAGUGCAGAGGAUGAGCUCAGCUUUGGCGCUGAUGUUCGAUGUUGUUCACUCUUCAUUCCAUCUAUUCAUUUGCACAAUGGAACCACUUAUCUAGUUAGUGUGACUUAUCGGGUUGCUAGGAUGCUGGUCCGGUAUUGCAAUGAAGAUCUCGUGCGGUAAAAGGGGUUAACAGUGUUUGGUUGCCCCAUGCAUAUGCCAACUAUAUUAGCAAACCAAAUGCAAGAAUGCAAGGUCGGUGGUCGCCAUUCAUAUACUCAUCAGAAAACAGAAAUCAGUACUGUAUGGCUGUGAUUGUGCGUGCAGAUUAUCGGGCGCAGAACCGGCUGAGCUGGGGGAGCUUGGAGGGAAGUGGCUGGUAUUUACUCGAUCGUACAGCCUCACCUGCUGACAUGAUAUAUCUCAAACAAUGUAUAGAAUUUUCGUGAUGAUUUCAGACAGCAGAUGACAAAUAUUUCAAGUCUGACGAGCAAUCAAUUUACGAUGUAUUAUGUUCAUGUCAAGUUUCAACGUAAUGCGAUCCCGUUUAAAAAGAUUGUUCAGUAGAGGACGUAUGGUUGUACAUUUCUUCAGGUUCGAUUUGUGCGCGUCGUCCUCAUCCUCGUAGUUUUAUCGACCCCACCCCGACUCAUGAGGACAUCACCAAUCCGGAUCCUCGAUCAGAUUGGUUGUUGGCUAAUUAAAACAAACUAAUUGGUAAUCAAUACUACUAAUUCUCAACAAACUGGAUUUGGAUGUGGCUUACACCAAGAAACCAAAGUUGAUGUAGGCGAUCGUUAACGAGACAUUGCUUCAAAUUCCGAAGCAUCAAGUGGCAGAAAUGAGAGAGGAAGUCAUAAGAUUGAUUCCGAGAGUGAUAUAUGCAGAUCCAAGGGCAUCCUGAUUGGAGACAGUUGAAGAUGCAUUCGAAAUAGCAGUUAAGGGAGUGCUUGGCAAAGUACAGAAAACUAGGAAGGACAUGAAAGAGGGUAAAGAUCCUGGCAAUGCUUUCUGGGAAAUAAACCCUACUGAAUUCGAUAUGCCUAAGCUCGGGAUGAGGGGAAGAAAAUUUAAACAGAAGUAUAACCGAUUGUUUCUUAAUAAGCAACAAUCGUGUUACAAUGCAAGUAUUUCCAAAAGUUAAAUCACAUUUGAAUUUGGAAUUAGCUUUCUCUACAUUUAUAUAGUACCUUCCUUGUCCUAAGUGUAUACCAGAAAAGAACGUAGAGUGAUGAAUGAUUACUUUUAUCCGCCA